AAGUUUUCCAUCUCACUGUCUUCUGUGAACUGAAAGCCACAUCAUCUUCAACCACCGAUUAGGACGACCAAGAAGCUUGAAGAAACUCCCAGUAGAAAUUUUUUUAUUUUCAUUUUCAUCUUCUAUUUACUGUCGAGUACAACUCGAAAAACGGAAAAAAAAAAAAAAAAAAUCCCUUUCUGCUUCAACAAUCAAUAUUCCGAAUAUGAACCGGUGAUUCUUUGCUUCAAUAACGUUGCAUUUCUUACUUGUGAUAUUCGCCUUAACCUCGUUGAUGUUUGAUCCAACAUUCUAUUACUGCUCUACAUUCAUUUCUUUUCUUCCCGGGCUAUAUAAUACUUUGCAUCUGUACUAAAACCCGAUCAACCAUUGUGACUUCUACUAUUACGGGAGGUAUGCCAACAUGAGUAUCUGCUCCUCUAUCAAAUCUUGUGUAAAAAGUAUAGUCUGCUUAAGAGGGUGCCUCGAGGGACAGAUGAACAGCCAAUUCUGUGAUACAGCUCGCAGUUCAUGCUGUUUCCGUAUCUCUGUAUGGCAUCCAAAGUUUAACUAUGCAACUGUUUCUUCAUCGAAGCCCAACUGCAGUGCACCAAUCACCUUUCAAGCGUUCCGAAGAAGCUUUGGACCGACCAUCUCCAAGUCGAAGGAUGGCAAUCAGUCCUUAAAAUUUACAUCUACAGUUAACUCCGCUGGUUCCAGGAAGACUUGUCUUGAUAUUUCAACCGGGACCCAAAACAUGAAUAUGAAGCUUUUGAUACCUAGUCAAGCAAAGAGUCACGGUAUCAAAUUUAAUUUGGGACCCAAUUCUUGGCCGCAGUUCUUUACCUCUGUUGGUUUGUUUAGUGGAUUGCUGGUUUGCUGUUCGAAUUCUGGACGGGUGCAUGCCAAAUCCGUUGACCAUAUUGAAAAUAAGGAAGAUGGGUCCGAUUCUUCGUUUCUCGCUUAUUCACAUGGAAAGGAGGUUCAUACUGACUAUUCUGUGACUGGUAUACCCGGGGAUGGAAGAUGCAUGUUUCGAUCUGUUGUUCAUGGAGCUUGUCUAAGAUCAGGAAAGGCGGCCCCUGAUGAAAAACUUCAAAGGCAAUUAGCAGAUGAAUUAAGAGAAAAAGUGGCAGAUGAAUUUAUUAAGAGACGGGAAGAGACAGAAUGGUUCAUUGAAGGUGAUUUCGACAAAUACGUUGCACAAAUGAGGAAACCUCAUGUAUGGGGAGGUGAACCUGAAUUGUUAAUGGCUUCUCAUGUUCUCCAGAUGCCAAUCACAGUGUACAUCUAUGACCAAAAAUCCCGCGGCCUAAUAUCAAUUGCAGAGUACGGGCAAGAAGAGUAUGGCAAAGACGACCCUAUCAAGGUCUUGUAUAAUGGCUCUGGUCAUUACGAUGCACUGCAGAUUCCUGGGACGAAAGGCACGAGAUCGAAACUGUAAGAUGUAACAGCACACCCCGUUUUGUUUUUAAGUCGUGAAAGACCUUACAGCCAAGCUGGCUGACUAGUUAUAUGUUUCUUUUUCACAUUUUUAUUAUAUAUAUAGCCUUACAAAUGCCAAUCAUAUCAGUAAUUGUCAGAUCUUCUUUGAUAAUAAGAGUGAAUUCUGUGAUAGUUCAGACAAAUGCAUGGUUGUCUAUGAUGUUUUUCAUUUCA